AUGUCAAUGGAAGAUAUUAAGGCUACCGUCAAGAAGUUACAGGACAGGAUUGUGUACUUGGAAGAAAAGGCAGGGAUUGUGCCGUCUGUUCCUAAAUCCAUCAGAAUGGUCUUGAUUGGUCCUCCAGGUGCUGGAAAAGGAACUCAAGCGCCCAACUUGAAGGAAAAGUUCUGUGCUUGUCACUUGGCUACUGGUGACAUGUUGAGAGCACAAGUCGCAGCCAAGACAAAGCUUGGAACUGAAGCUAAGAAGAUUAUGGACCAAGGUGGUCUAGUUUCCGAUGAGAUAAUGAUUGGUAUGAUUCAAUCAGAAUUGGAAAACAACAAGGAAUGUAAGAGCGGUUUCAUUUUGGAUGGUUUCCCAAGAACCAUUCCUCAAGCUGAAAAAUUAGACUCCAUGUUGGAGGAAAGAAAAACUCCUUUGGAGAAUGCUGUUGAGCUCAAAAUCGAUGAUGAGCUCCUCGUUGCCAGGAUCACCGGCAGAUUAGUUCACCCAGCUUCAGGAAGAUCAUACCACAAGCUCUUUAAUCCUCCAAAGAAGGAUAUGAUAGAUGAUGUGACUGGUGAGCCAUUGGUGCAAAGAUCCGACGACAAUGAGGACGCAUUGAAGAAGAGAUUGGUCACGUAUCACAAACAGACAGAACCCAUUGUUCAGUACUAUCAAAAAACAGGUAUUUGGAGCGGUGUUGAUGCUUCUCAGAAGCCCGCAAAAGUCUGGGAUGACAUCUUGAAGUGUUUAGGACAAAAGUAG